CUCAAUCUCCCAAAAUGACUUUCGUCAGCCUGAGCUUGCUUCUCCUCCUUCCUUCUCCCGCUUGCAGCAGGUUAUCAUCAGCGAGCCUAAGAGGAACUGGGGGAUGCAGCGGAACACACCCUGUAUUCGGCCACCGUUUAUUCUGAACGUUAGCUAAAAACGAGAAGCACCAUCCCUUAAACAUGUGGCGUUUUCCCGGCUGACGGCAUCCUCACGGGUUGAUGGGGGAUGUUGCACUGAGACAGCAACACCACCGGCUACAACUGAAAUGCGUCAACGUUUUAUCCGCGAGGAAAAACGUUAUUGCCAUGGGCCAACGCCGCUUUCUCCUAUGAGUUACGAAGCUUUCCUGGCCUGUGUAGACGCCGUGCUCUAAUGCCAUUUUGGAGGAACAGCUGUGUGUCUCAGAUUUGUCAGCCAUCUAAAAUCCAUGUCAGUGAUGUGGAGGUCCUCGGUCCAGUUUAAGCCGACGGUGUUGACGGCCCUGGUGUGUUAAGGUAACUGUGAUGACAGGGUCAGUGAUGUCUCUGGCUCUGGUGGUGCUCCUGUUGGUGCUGUUGGCAGGACCAGCCCAUGCCGGGUCUGAGACGGACCCCUACAAAAUACUAGGAGUGACCAGGGGUGCAAGCCAGGCUGAGAUCAAGAAGGUCUACAAGCGGCUCGCGAAAGAAUGGCACCCUGACAAAAACAAAAAUCCGGGCGCAGAGGACAUGUUUAUCAAGAUCUCUAAGUCUUAUGAGAUCCUGUCUAGUGAGGAAAAACGUUCCAAUUACGACCGCUUUGGACAGACCGAUGACACCCAGCCGUAUGGCAGCAGUCGCUACGGCCAUCGGCACGACAGCUUUUACUUCGAUGAGUCCUUCUUCAACUUCCCCUUCAACACAAAGAACCACCGAGAGUUCACCGACAGCAAGUACACUCUGCACUUCAACCAGUACGUCAGCGACGUGGUGCCCGACAGCUACCGGAGGCCGUACCUGAUAAAGAUCACCUCUGACUGGUGCUUCAGCUGCAUCCACAUCGAACCGGUCUGGAAGGACGUGGUGCUGGAGUUGGAGAGUCUAGGUGUUGGAAUAGGUGUGGUGGAUGUUGGCUACGAGAGGCGGUUAGCCAACCACCUGGGGGCUCACCGCACCCCGUCCAUCCUCGGAGUCCUAAAUGGCAAAGUGACGUUUUUCCACUACGCUGUGGCAAAGGAACACCUGAGGCAGUUUGUAGAAGAUCUUCUCCCUCAGAGACUUGUGGAGCGGGUCAGCGACAAGAACGAGCAGCAGUUUUUGAACACCUGGCACGAGCUGAACAAGCCACACGUGCUUCUGUUUGACCAAGUGCCUGCAGUCCCUCUGCUGUACAAACUGACAGCGUUUGCUUAUAGGGACUACUUGCAGUUUGGUUACGUGGACCAGGGCCUCUCAGAGACUGCCAACCUACAGAAACAGUUCAAUAUUAACACUUACGCUCCGACCAUGCUGGUCUUCAAGGAGAACAUCGAAAAGCCCGCUGACAUUAUACAGGCUAAAGGGAUGAAAAAGCAAAUAAUCGACGAGUUCAUGUCAAACAACAAGUUUCUUCUUGCGCCCCGGCUGGUCAAUCAGAAGCUCUUCGAUGAGCUCUGUCCCGUCAAGCAGUUUCACAGACGCAGGAAAUACUGUGUGCUGCUGAUCACCGGCGAUGAGGAGUCCUUUUCUUUUGGGAACCGGGCGUUUUUCUCUUUUGCUUCGGCCAACACCAAAGAAGUGGUCAGGUUUGCUUAUGUGUACCAGCGGCUGCAGCAGCCGCUCUGCGACAUCCUCAUGCAGAGCCAGGAGAGCCAGACACCGUCGCAGGUGGUGAUCCUGGAGCGGCGCAAUGCAGCCGGAAAAGCGCUGUUCAAGACGGCCACCGCCUGGAACGGCAGCGAGGAAGACAAACAGCGUCUUACGGAGGAGCUGGAGCAUCUUCACAAGGACCCGUCCAUCCUGGUCCACGACGCCAUGCUGCCCGAACUCAACAAUGAGUUUGCCUCAAUGUUUUUAAUACGGUGGAUCUAUGCAUCUUACGAUUACCUCUCAGAAGUCAUCGAUGAUAUUCUCCACAACAACUGGCGAGAGAUGAUGCCUCUCCUGUCCCUCAUCUUCUCUGCCUUGUUCAUCUUGUUUGGAACUGUGGUCAUCCAGGCUUUCAGUGACUCAAGUGAUGAUAACCAGACCAAACCAAAGACAAAAGAUGGGGCUAAAGCGGAAAACGGGUCAUCAGGGAGCAGCAAUACAUCAGGUCGGCCCCCUAAAAAGAACUUUGUGGAGGUGACAGAGCUGACGGACAUCACCUAUAUCAGCAACUUGGUCAAGCUGAGGCCGGGCCACAUGAACAUAGUGCUGGUGCUCACCGACGCCUCCAAGAACAUCCUCCUCAGCAAGUUCGCCAAAGAGGUCUACUCCUUCACUGGGAGCAUGACGCUGCAUUUCUCCUUCCUGAACUUUGACAAGCACGGCGAGUGGAUGAGCACGCUGCUGGAGUACGCCCAGCACGCCGUGCAGGCCGAUGCGGAGGAGGAGGACGGCGGCGGCGGCGGCGGCAGGCGGAAGAGGGAUUACACCGGCUACGUGCUGGCGCUCAACGGCCACAAGAAGUACCUGUGUCUGUUCAAGCCCGUCUACACCGGAGAAGACCCGGAGAGCAAGUCGUCCGAGGACGAGGGUGGCGCGCCGGGAGGAAAGUCCAGCAGGUCCAGCUCUCGGGACGAUCAUCACCCGCCACGCAAAUCCAACCGCUCCCGCAGCCUCUCCACCCUGCAGGUCCACCACAAACUGGACCGCCUGGGGCUGUGGAUGGAGAGACUCAUGGAAGGCACCUUGCCGCGUUACUACGUCCCAACUUGGCCAGGACUUGACAAAAUCACCCCCAGCAAAUAGAUCAAAGACAAAAAAAUAAAUGGAAAUUUCCUGGCACUCAAAUUGUUUCGGCAACAAUGGCUACAAUCAUUUUUAAAGAUAUUUAAUACGUGUAUGAGUUGCCAAUAUAACACGAUUGGCUGUAGUCCACCAGAGACCCAUUACUGAACUGCUGAUUAUCCUGUUUUCUUAAGACAGAUAUACUGCUACAGCCGUGUGAGGAUGAAGCAAAAUCACUGUGGCCCCCUGUACUCCCGGAACUAUCAAACCACUCCAGCCUGUGUUUGACCUGUCAGAGCGAGUUUGUAAGACCUGUUUUUCAUUUUUCACACAGGGUCCCACUUUGCUGUUCACAGGUGGACGGUGAAUGAGACGUCCUGCCGGCUCUUCUCUCAUCUUCAUGCAGCAGAGAGCUUUGCUUUUAGGGGGUGUGAACAAGAUGCGUUUUUUUUUUCUUUUCUGAGGUUUGCACAAAUGGUCGAUGAGGGUCUUUUCAGCUAGAACCAUUCGCCGACUUGUCUGGACGGUGUACAAAACCUCCUUUGAGGAAUACUGUGAAGCGAGAUGCAUGACACUAAUAUUCAACGUCUUUGCCUUUCCAUGCAUCUCAGUCUCGUCUUUGUUUUAGAGGGAUUAUUUUUUAGAGCGCUGAGUCUCUUGUGCAAUAUAUCAUGCCGCUGUCAAGGCCCCCCCCGGAUCGUUAGCCUUUGAUGGUGGGUGUCGUAAACUAAUGAUUUUCUGGUUAUUUUAAAGCUGUCGGGGUUGUGUUUAAGAUGCGUGCCAUUACAAUUAAGAGCUGUUUAGCAGCACUAGUUAGGCAGUAGCUUUAUGUAGCAAUGAGUAGGUUGUACAUUUUAUCUAGAGGAUGUUUUUCCCAUAAACUUCUGAUCCACUGGUUUACCCUGUUUUGUCACCACCUGAAGGUGGAAAGCAUGUGCUUGUUUGUUUUGUCCACAUGAUUAAAAAGAAAAAAAAAAGCUCAGUAGGAGUUUGCUGGUACUAAUAGUCGUAGUUGCACAUAAUCCUCUCAUCUAUAGACGAGAACAUAACUUGAAAGCGAAUGGCAGUUUGACAGAUGAUUUAUCAGAUAAUGUGAUGAUGUUUGCUUUUUUAUGUUUGACAUGUGUAACACUGACAUCUGCUACUCUGAGAUGUUUCAGUUAGUCUUCAGUCCAUUUAUCCUAAAGCUGCUUGUGAUACAUUCCAAUUUAUGUUUAUCAAUUAAAACAAAGACAUGCAAGCUGACUGUUUUUUUUUCUAUUAGAAUCUUCUUCAAUGAGCCUUGGCAGA